AUGUUCAGAGUAAUACCUACUGGGCUCCACUUAGCCCGAGCAUUACGGACUAAACCGCUAGUGCUGCUGCUGUUGCGGCCACAGCUCAUUUCCUGGUUUCCUCGCCAUGCGCUUACAACCUCGAUUCUUCGACUGGAGGAGCUUCGCAAACCACUCCAGCCAACCCCACAAUUGGGAAAAGAACAGCCCAAGCGCUCGGCUCCUUCAGUUGCUGCUUCAGAAAAUAAAAAGGUUGACCCUUCCAUCUCCAGUGAUGUAUACACUAUUCCCAAUAUCUUGACAAUGACUCGGAUAGUUGCCACGCCAGGUAUUGGCUACUUUAUAGCCACCGGCCAGUCGACAGCAGCAAUCUCGUUAUUUCUCUAUUCGUGUGUCACCGACGCUGUAGAUGGGUACAUAGCCCGUCAUUAUAACAUGAAGUCGGUUUUGGGGUCAAUCUUGGACCCUGCUGCUGAUAAAUUCUUGAUGACGGUGUGUACUGCUGCGCUUGGACUCAAAGGAAUCAUGCCGUGGUACGUAGCCACAAUCAUCAUAGGAAGGGAUGUGAUGUUAAGUUUCAUGGCUUUCUAUUUCCGGUACAAGUCUCUUCCAGUACCGAAAACAUUGGCCCGAUUUUUUGACAUGUCGAUAGUCACCCAUACUGUGCAUCCCAAUCUUUUGGGCAAAGUCAAUACCGCAUUGCAGAUGGUCUAUAUCGGUGGGCUAGUUUUGUUGCCAGGACUUAAUUACAUGAUGGGAUCAGAGGUUUUGACCGAGGCGUUUGACUGGUUUGGCAUUUUGGUAGCAGCAACUACUUUUGCCAGUGGCGCCAGCUAUAUCUUCAGCAAAAAUGCUAUGAAGGUACUUCGAUAG